CACCCAAUGUCAAAAUUGUCAAACUUCAAGUAGAAGAGUUUGUGUGUGUACGUCCGUAUUAUUCAUUGUGUAAUACUUAAUAAAUUAGCUGCUUUAACAGGCGCAUAAAUAGGUUAAUAACAUUAACUCAAAGAUCUGUGAUAUAGAUUUAAUUUGUAUAAACAUAAUGUCGAACCCCUGGAAGAAAAUCGCUGCGCCAGCAGAAGUACAAGACUUGUCUGACAUAAUGUCUGAAGAGCUCGCACGAGGGCUACAAGUAAAGGAGGAAAUCAAGUUCGCUGAGCAGUUCUCUGAACAGUUGUCCGACCAGCAUGUGAGUACGUCUAACGAUAUACCACCUGAGAUAUUACAUGAAAUCGAAGCAUCCAAUGUUAAGGAGUAUUGCAACUCGGAUGCAAUCAUUGCGAAAGUGUUGCAGUGCCAAUUCGACAGGGAAUAUGAUGACGAGCUCAAGGUGGUAGAGAAGAAACGUAACGGAGACGCUAAAGUAUCCAUAUCAUACGAUAACUACUUUAAUGUCCCCAAACAUUUGAUUUACGAUUCAGAAUCAGAUGACGAAGAUUAUGAAAGGGGGAAGAAAGAUUGGGAUCGUUUCGAGACUAACGAGAAGGAGUUCGCGAGCCUGCCUAAACGUGGCUACGUGAUGAAAGAUGGAGAGAUGGUCACCAAACAUGACAGUGUGAUCAAUGGCAGGAGGAACGCUUGUCGCGUGAUGGCUUUCCCUCCGGAGGUGUGCACUGGCGACGGCGCAGGGUUCGACAUGAAGCUGUCCAAUUCCGUGUUCAACCAUUUGAGGGAGCAAACAAGACAUCACCAAACACGUAAACAUAAAAUGUUGGACCGCAAGGAAAGUCAUGCUACUGCAGAAAUGGGUCUGGAUGAGCCUACUAGGCUUAUUUUGUUUAAACUCAUCAACAAUGAAUUGUUGGAAGAUAUUAAUGGAAUAAUCUCAACUGGGAAAGAAUCAGUGGUGUUGCAUGCCAAUGGCAACACAAAUUACCCAGACUUAACAGUUCCUAAAGAAUGUGCAAUCAAAGUAUUUAAGACUACUCUGAAUGAGUUCAAAACUCGUGAUAAGUAUAUUGAAGCUGAUUACCGUUUCAAGGAUCGGUUUUCAAAGCAGAACCCACGCAAGAUAGUUCACAUGUGGGCUGAGAAGGAGAUGCAUAACAUGCUUCGUUUGAAGAAGAUUGGGUUGAAUUGUCCUGACAUGGUUUGUUUGAAGAAACAUAUUUUGGUGAUGUCUUUCAUUGGGAAAGACAAUAAGCCUGCUCCUAAGCUGAGGGAUGUUAUUUUAAAGCCGGAGAAGUGGCAGAGUGUGUACAAUGAGGUGGUGGAGGCGGUGCACAAGAUGUACAACACUGGGCACAUGAUCCAUGCUGAUCUGUCGGAGUACAACAUCCUGUGGUGGGACAACAAGUGCUGGUUCAUAGAUGUGUCCCAGUCUGUACAGCCCGACCAUCCUAAUGGUCUGGAGUUCUUGCUCAGGGAUUGCCGUAAUAUUGCCAAUUUCUUUGAGAAGAAGGGAGUUGCUGACAUGAAAUCUGGUGAAGAUCUAUUCAAGUCAAUUACUGGUUUUGAAGAAAUUGAUGUGAACUUCUUGGAAGGAGUUCACACAACCUACAACAGUCUGUUAUCUAGAUUUGAGGUGGCCCCAGAUGACAACAGGAAUGUCAGCUAUCCAUUUGAGUACUGCUGGCAGAAGACCAGUGAGGGGAAGCUCAAGAGUGACAAGAGUGCUGAUGAAGAGGAAGAUGAUGAUGAGGAGGAUGAAUUUGAGGAAAUGUGGAGCCACUCCCUCCAGAACAAGGCAGUGGUAGACACAGCAGCUGACUUUGGCAAUGAGGUCAUAGUCCAGGAGGGCAGUUCCAGAGACAAUGUAGCUGUGGACCGUGAAGUCAACUUUGGUAAAGAACUAGGAGUUGUUAUACCAAAGAUGGAUGGAAUAAGUAGUACUGAUAAAAAGUCUUAAAAAUAUUCAAUGUGUUCAUAAAGGUAAAGAAAGCACACAAAAAAAAGUUUUUAACUGUGUAUAAAAAAAGCUAAAAAAAAUGUAAUGAAGUAUACCUACAUUUAUAUAACUAUGCCUUUCAGGAUUUGGGGCAAUAAAUUGAGUGUUAAUGAAA